UCAGACAAAUUACGAUGGAAUUAAGCUGUCAAAAAUGGCUGUCACCGGUUUGACGUUGCGCUCCUCUUGUAUUUUAUUAUUUUCUACAAUUUUAUUAAUAUUUUCAAUAAAAAAUGUCCUAGCAAACUUAAAUAAUCCAACUAUUGGUGUUCAUAAACGUUUUGAAUAUAAAUAUUCAUUUAAACCACCAUAUUUAGCGCAAAGAGAUGGAUCAGUUCCCUUCUGGGAGUACGGUGGAAAUGCUAUAGCUAGUGCUGAAAGUGUCCGUGUGGCACCUUCGUUGCGCUCCCAAAAGGGUGCCAUUUGGACAAAAGCCAAGACCACCUUCGACUGGUGGGAUGUGGAAAUCGUGUUCCGGGUAACAGGUCGAGGUCGUAUCGGGGCCGAUGGUUUGGCUUUCUGGUAUACCCAAGAGAAGGGUGAUUACAAUGGCCAGGUCUUUGGUUCGUCUGACCAAUGGAAUGGUUUGGGUUUGUUCUUUGAUUCGUUUGACAACGAUAAUAAACACAAUAAUCCUUAUAUUAUGGCUGUUGUGAAUGAUGGAACUAAACAGUUUGAUCAUCAGAAUGAUGCCACGACGCAACUUUUGUCGGGAUGUCUGAGAGAUUUUAGGAAUAAGCCAUUCCCAACUCGUGCUCGUAUUGAGUAUUAUAAUAAUGUCUUGACUGUGUUGUUCCAUAAUGGAAUGACGAAUAAUAAUGAAGAUUAUGAAAUGUGUUUGCGUGCGGAUGGGGUAUUCCUUCCAAAGAACGGUUACUUUGGAGUUUCGGCGGCAACUGGUGGUUUGGCUGAUGAUCAUGAUGUUUUCCACUUUUUGACGACUUCUCUGCAUGCUCCUGGACAAUUUGCUCAGCCGACUAAUCAAGGGGAGAACUCUGAAAAACUGACACAGGAAUUCAAGGAGUAUCAAGACAAACUCGAUAAACAAAAGCAGGAAUACCGAAAGGAUCAUCCUGAUGAGGCAAAACACGACGAAGAAUGGGAAGAAUUCUACGAAUCAGAGAAUCAACGUGAAUUGAGACAAAUCUGGCAAGGACAAAGUCAAAUUGGCGAAACAUUGCGAGAACUGUCACGCAAAAUGGACGAAGUCAUUGGAAGACAAGAAAAUACUCUAUCUUUGGUAUCUCGUGGUCUUGGUGGUGCUCAACAAGCACAAGUUCCAGUUGGUGGACAACAACCUCCAGCAAUUCAAGGCGCAGGUUCUGUGGGCGCAAUUAGUCGCAUUGACGUCGACAUGAUGUUGAAUAAUCAAAAUAUGCUAAUCAACACUAUCCGAGAGAUAAGAACUUUAGUUGGUGAGAUAAACACACGCUCUGAUACGAUUAUCACAAAUCAAGCUAGAGCACCAACAGCGUCAAUUCAAAGUGCUUCAGGCUAUGACAUUCAAUCGCUAGUUGUCGAAAUGCGUGAUGGACUUAAUCAAGUUAAACAGGGAAUGACUGUCGUUGGUCAAAAAUUAAACUCACCAAAUGCAUCGCCACUUUCAUCGUGUCCCACUGGAAAUUGUGUUGGAGUGACACUAUUCCUUGCCGUUACCGCAGUGCAGCUUCUAUUGGUAUUCCUCUACAAUCUUUACAGAAGUCGAUCUGAAGCUCAGGCGAAAAAAUUCUACUAAGCCAAAACGAAUUUAAAGGAUCUUUCUAAAAAAUAAUAUUCAAGUUUUUUUUAUACCCAUCUCAAUGCAAGCAACUAAAUAUAAACGAAAAAGAAAAACACAGAUUAAAGAUCCUAGAUAUUCUUGGAGGCUUGUAUCCGAAAUAAUUUUUAAGUUCAACUUUAGAACAGGGGAAGUAAAGUAAAAAAAAAUAGAAAAAAAAGAAAAUAUUAGUCAACUUGAUGUAUAAUUAAGUUUGUUAUUUUGAAAGAACUGUAAAUGUGUGCAGUACAUCUCGUCAUUCCAUAUUAAUAAAGUUAAAAAAAAAAAAAACAAAAACAAAAAAAUAAAUAAAAAAAAAAAAACAAAGAAACAAAUCAAGAAUCUUCAUCAUUCAUAGUUGUUGUAGAUGUACGUGUACACAAAAAGUCUACAAAUAGUUUGCUAGUUAUCUUUCUAUACUUACUUUUACAGUUAAUUUUUUUUUUGUUAAACAAAAAUAAUUGUAAUUAGCUA